AUGCCGAACUGGAUCCUUGGGGAUAAAUUCGAUACUGUCUAUCCACAUAAGGGCUCUGUCAAGACCCUGUGGGAAACGCGUUGGAAGUUUGCCUGCCAAAAAGGAGUUUAUCCUUUUCAUGAUGGAUCUUAUGAGGACUUCGAACCAAUAUUCCAGAAACUUAUCUCAGAAAACAUCAAUGAUGCUAGCACGGAUGAGUAUACGUCUACAUUUUUUUCUACUGCGUCGGACUUAGAAUCUCAAGCCUCGCAGGCCCUUGACUCUGGCGAAACCGACCUCGCAAUCGACCUGUUCCGACGUGCCGCGGUGGUCUACCGUAUCUCGCGCUUCCCCUAUGUCGACAUAACUCAGCCGAACUCCAUUAAGCGGACCGCAUUCGAGCGCCAGAAACAGGUAUACCUCAAGGCCGCGUCUCGAUGGGAUCCACCGAUCAAGGAGGUGAUCAUCCCACACAGAAGCCGCGGCGGAAAUGAUGGCCAAGCAAUCCCGAUAUACACGCGCGUACCGAGCAAUGCUCGCCCCGAUAGCCCCGUCCCGGUGGUCCUUAUUAUGACCGGACUAGACGGAUACCGACCAGAUAACAGCCAGCGGAGUCACGAGAUUAUUGGUCGUGGAUGGGCUGUCGUCAUCGCUGAGAUCCCAGGUACAGCGGAUUCCCCUGCCGAUCCUGCAGACCCAUCCUCUCCCGAUCGGCUCUGGGAUAGCGUGUUCGCAUAUAUGGCAACGCAGCCGAUGCUCGACAUGAGUCAGGUUGUGCUCUGGGGUCUCAGUGCGGGAGGUUUCUAUGCCAUCCGAGCUGCCCAUACACACGCAACCCGACUCCGUGGGGCUAUUGCGCAUGGCGCGGGAUGCCAUUAUUUUCUGGAUGAGGAGUGGCUCAGGCGCGUUGAUGACCAUGAGUAUCCUUUCUCAAUCAUGCCGGGAUGGACAAAGAAAUACGGCUACGACGAUACCAAUGUCUUUGUGCGAGAGGCACGAAAGAAGUUCUCUCUGGUGGACACCGGGAUUGUCGAUCGUCCUAGUUGCCGGUUGCUGUUGUUAAAUGGUGUCGACGACGGUCUCACGCCAAUUGAAGACUCUUUGCUUCUUUUCAACCAUGGCAGUGCUAAGGAGGGAAGGUUCUUUCAAGGUUUACCGCAUAUGGGGUACCCCGACAGCUUGCCUGUCGCUUACAAAUGGCUGGAAGAUCUUCUGCCUUGUGAGCCGAAGCAGAAAAACUAA